AAAAGAGGAAUGUUCCUACAAUGAGGGUCUGUGUAUUGUAGUUCCGCUAUUGCCUCGGUGCACCACACGGACAAACGAUUGUCAAUGGACUAUGUGAGACGGAUCUCGAUCGUGUCUGAAACGGUUCCCUGUCCUGCUGCUGCUGCUGUGGAUGUGGAUGCGAGCUUUAGGACUUGUAAUGUGGAUCCAGAUCCUUCUUAUCCGGACCGAGAGAGAGAAAGAGGCAGAGAGGAAGGAUUUCUAAUUUCCAGAAAAGAAAAAUGCCGUGAGUCUUGAAGUUUAGUGGAUUUGUGUUUUCUUGGAUUCAGUUGCAGUCGAACUGACAGGCUCCGCGUAAUCGAAUAAGUCGGGCACGUUUAAGGAAAAGUAAGCUGACAAUGUGCCGGGGAUGAAAGUGAAGUUGUGCGUGCGAUGAUUGUGAAUCAUCCCGAGGAUUCAUACUGAAGAUAAUUCCACUGUGAGCAGAGGUCGAGCGGAUUUCUCCCAGCUGUGAGUUUAGAGCCUCUCCUGUGUUUGUAAAUCAGUCCAGUUUUAAUUAAAGCCUCGUUCACUAACACCCCAGAGGAGGAAAUCACCCACAACAUCUGUAACGUUUCCAAAGUCGGACCUUAUCGUACUUUACAGCCUUCUUUAUUUAAUCUAAUCAACUCUUAUCGGUUUGAUCGAUUGGUUGAUCGGUUUUACUGAACAAUCGAAGCCUGCUUCGUCUCUCUCUCUCUUCAUAGUCGACUCCAUACGUCUCAUUUCCUUCCAUGCCCGUACUCUGGUCCAUUUUAGGCUCAGUGGACCUCAGUCUCGGGCAUGGGAGAAGCGACCCCUGCUCAGGCUGCUGCAGGGACAUUCGUACCCAUGUUGGGUGUCGGUUUAGGAACCAUGCCCGGUACGGUGGGCACCGGGCCGGUGGUCGCCCCCUCCUCCAGGGGCUCCGCGGUGCCCCAGCUGCACAACGCCAUCGUGGAGCGUUUACGCGCCCGCAUAGAGCUGUGCAGGAGGCACCACUCCACCUGCGAGAACCGGUACCAGAGAGGUCAGGCUGAGAAUUCGGACCGGGAGCACGAGAGCACGCUUCACCUGCUUAACAUAGUCCACCAAGGGCCUGGGAACCGGAAGGUGAAGGGCAGCCGGGGAUCGAACCAGCAACCUCCAGAGUACAGCAGGGUCAACGGGGAGCAGAAGGGCACGGAGGGCGAGCAGAAGAUCUCCACGCGCAUAGCGGUGAGUUUCUGGUGAUGGAGUUGAUGGAGAUGAUGAUGGUUGGUGGUCGGGGGUGAGGAUGAGGAUGAUGGUGGCACUGAUGAAGAAUUAGAGUGGUCUAGUGAAGCUUAUCUGUCAGAAACACAAGGUACCAGUUCUCUGAGCGGUGAUGGUUAUGAUGUUUAUAAUGGUGAUGAUGAUGAUGAUGAUGGUGAUGAUGGUGAUGAUGAUGGUGAUGAUGAUGGGGCCAAAGCUAAUGGUUAGACAGACUCUAUUAUGUUAAUGAGGUGUCAGCUGAGAGCUCUUGGUUUUAGUGUAGGUCUGGGCGAUCUGGCGAAAAAAAUGAUCACGAUAUAUUUUGUCAUAUCGUCCGAUCUCGAUUAUUAUCACGAUUUUUUUUUUAAACUGCCAGUUUUAAAGCAUCUGUACUAAAAACUAGAGAAACUAGAGAUUAGCUCAACAUUUAAUUAACAUACAAAGUAAAUAACAAAGCAAAUUGAAUAAGAUAAUUCAACAGGACAACAAAAGUAGAUAAAUACUAAAUAAUACAGUGAACUAGUUUACAGUCCUGAGUGUUUUUGCAGAUAUGUAAUACCCAAAAUAAACAAAUCGCCCCCUCAGAGAUAGUGAAGAUGCCUUAAAAUCUAAACAUUAGAUGAUUUAAACGUAGAUGAUACCAUUGAUUGAUUGCUUUGGUCUGGUGGCUGCGUCGCUAGUUGUAGCUAAACUGCUAAUACUACUUGGCUGCGUAGACUCCGCUUGCAUUUUCAUGCUUUCCGCCUUAUCACUCGGGAAGAACUUCUUCAAAUGAUUAAACAGAUCUGUUGUGUUGACAGUUUUUGGGAGCACUGACCGCUGACAUACCUUACACAUCGGCUUAACUGCUCGAGGUCACUUUGGAGAUAUCCGAACCAUCACCACACAACCAACGUUGAGUAACUUCUCAACAGUAACAUCUUCGGAGGAUGACUCAAAGUCACGGCUGACAUCUAUUUUGCUGCCCUCAGCUCUGCGUUUAGCUCCACGUUCAGCCAUUCUGUUUACUUCUCAUGUUUACUUCUAAAGCAUGACUCUGAUUGGCUGUUGUGACGCACAUUUCCACUAUGUUUGAUUGGGUAAAUAUGCUCACAGCUGAUCACCGUGAUCAAACUGAAAUUUAUCACAAUCAUAUAAUCGCCCAGUCCUACUUUAGUGUAUUUAGUAGUUUUGUCCACACUAUAUAUUUUACAGUGACGCACAGUAAACGCACAGUCAGGACUCUGUCAAACCUUCCAGCACAUCUAAACCCACACCAAACCACACCAGGCAGCUCUCUGAAAAAUGAGAGUCUGGCGUUUUUAUUCUGGAUUUUGUCGAAUCGACCGUUCCUUGAAGUCAGUUCGAUAACGCAGGAUCACAGAGCGUUCGUUUGCCGAGAAAUCUAUUCAAAGGAAAUGGUUUUGGGGUCAUUGGGCCAUGGGGAUGUUCUGCGUUACUGCAAACAUGUCAGCAUCUCUGCUGUGCAGCUGAUCCAAACGCAGGGAUGCUGGUGCAUUUUGUGGCUUGUUUAACCCAUUUUAUUCACACGCCAUCUUGUCUUGCAGUGCAGAUACUUUGGUUUCCUUUAUUCGUCACAUGAAUUAGAAAUUCAUGCUACCUGUUAAUGAGGGAUGGUGUUGCACAGGUGGGCUGUUUGAUUCCAAUCCAGUGGACUUUCUGUCUCAGUUCUUGGUGUAGGAACUGCACUGACCAAAUAUCUGAUGCCUGCUCAGAGCCCAGUCUUUUAAAAAUCAGCAGUCAACAAAGUGGCUCGUAGCGAGCUUCACAAGGCCAUUCCAGAAAUUCUUAACAGUUAGUGUUCAUGCGCUGCUCUUAAACCUCUGCUGGCUACUUUCCCUGUUUCUGGUCCAUGUUCACAAGAAACAGACCAUGAUAUGAUAAAAAAAUAAAAAAGAGUUUCUUCUUUUGAGGAUUGUCGACACGUAAGAUUGAGUUUUUUUUGCCAAACUUUCCCCAGAAUAGUUUUAUUUUGUGCUUCAGCAGAUACAUUUUGAAGUAGAAAUACAAAGUGAGUACAGUUUAUGUGUUCUGCCUCGACAACAGAGCCUUACAAAGAUAAACCGUGGGGAAACUGAGCUGUGAAACACAGCAGGACUUUCUGUGUGCCUGCUCGGGCUGAUAGGACCGACUUCCUGUAUGGCAUCUGUUCAGGGCACAGCCAGGGAGAUAUGAGAUUUAUUUAGUUGUUUUCUUUCAUUGGGCAUGAGGGAGUUUCGCAUCCAGACUGUGAAUUAUUUCCCAAGCAGCGUUUUUAAUAUAAUGUCAACAUGGUGAAAGCUUGCAGAUGUUCCUGCUUUGGAUUUGCUCGAGAUGUUGGAUGGAAAAAUAAACAAUGUAAUAAUUUUUCCAGUAUCGCCAUAAAAGGGCAGUGAUGAUUGUUCUGUCAGUUCAUUUAUUGUCAUCACCGGGUUUGGGCACAGGAAAGCUUCUACUACUUGUCAUGCAACUGUGUUAGUGUUUGCAGUCAUCGUGACUCUCCAAAAAACAAGAAAAGUAGAUUCUCAGUGAUUUAUAGUGCUAAUAAAGCUCUGUUUUUUUUCCACACGGAUGGUUUUUGUGCUGAUUUUUCUCUGGAUUAUGAUGAGAGGCAAGACACAACAACAGCAUGGAUUAUAUUGACUGUCUAAAAGAGGUCAGGGAACAUCAUUAUCAUGUUCUGUUUCUUUCUUUUUUUUUAUACCGAUGUUGACUCUGGAGAAGUGUGUUCUACUAAAAACUGAUGAGUACAGCAAAACGGGGAGAAGGAAAUGAAGUCCUGGAGUACAUGUUUAUAUCAACCCUGAGGUUAAUAUGUUUUUCACAACUCAUAAUGAUUGGCUAAAGCAGAACAGCAGUCUCUGCAGAAAUCCCCCUCAAUGCAUUUAAAGCGUAUCCAUCCAGCAUUAACGCUGCAGGCUGUUCUGUCUCAAACGUAUGAAAACUGACUGAUAAGUUAAGAUGUGCACAAAGAUUUCACAUCCUGAGAGUUAAAAAAAAAAGUUCCCUGGGAGUUCACGCAUUGCAUUCUUCUGAAUUAAAAAAGGAGGCUUCUACAAUGGCCACAUCUGUGCGUGUUAUUGACUGUUCACAUUGGAAUUUGCAGUGGAAAUGUACACCGAGUUAGGAGCAAACAACACAAUGGAUUAUGACUAGCUGGGAGUGCAGAGUGAGCAGCACUUAACAACGGUGCUCAUUGAGACCAGAUUAACGAGGAUAUUCUUUUAGAUGAAAUUGUUGAAACAGGGAAGAGAAGAGACGAGGGCUUACUUAUCCAACAACUCUGAAAAAAUGAUUUCUGAAAAUGCUUUCACGGGCUCAUCAAAACCUUUUAGACAUUCAGAUUUUAGAUUGCGUUUUCAAUCUUCCUCUCACACCUGUAUCAAUAUGCAGCCUCCCUUCAGCUCAGAAAUAGGUCAUAGUCGAGCGUAUGAAACAUUACUGCUGCAUUACAAUGCACAUUUAGCUUCAUCAGGACUGAAAACGUUUUUUAUCCUUCGUUGUAAAUCGAUGAUGCAGAUCGCGAGCUGUGCAAACUCCAGGCUUAACAAACAGUGAUACAUCCUUGCUGCGGGGAGCGUGCCAUACAUCGUCAUGUCCUAUUAUCAUGUGUGUAACAAAUGGCUCACUAGGCACCUUCUUGAAAGAUGUGCUGGCCAUGAAACAGUUUGAAGCAUAAGCCCCCCGUAUAAAUGUUUAGAGCCACUGAAUACAUUUCCUGCGUGUGUUUACUUAAAGUCAAACAGGCCUUGAAAAGCAGUAGGCGAGGGAUGCCUGGUGAUGAACAGUCCUGUGUGCGCCGGGAGAAUUUUGUUAUUUCCCCCAGUCUUGUUGCAGUGACAGAUCUGGGACCUGCAGGCCAAGAGCAGCAUGCCCUCAAAGAAAGAACUCUGCAGGCUGAAAUGUUUGCCUGCACACAUAUAUGCACCUCACAGGAGCUGCUCCUUGAAAGCAGAUGCAUGAGGAGUAUUGGUCAUCUUGUGGUGGAAAACACAAUCCAUGAAACCACAGCGAUCACCGUGUCAUCCCCUUCUCUCCCUCCUAAUGUUUCCUUUCACUCUUUAUCGUCAAAUAAUGGCAAAAUGCUUCUAUUCAUGUAGGCAACACUCCAUUUGUUUAGGAAAGGAACUUAUGGACUUAUCUGACACCUCCCCCCUCACUGCGGUUACUGGAAUUAAAUGAUGUUGAAAUGUUCCCUCUUUUUCCCCUCAUCGUCUAGUUUGGUUCUUUAAGUCUGUUUCACAUCACGUCUAAAACUACCUGUAGGAGCUUUAAACACCUUUAACAAAGGGUCAAAACCAGCAGAUAUGUUAGAUCGAUAGACAAAAGGGUCAAACAAACUAUCACACCUCUUUAAUCCUCUUCAUAGACCGCUUAUUCAGACAUCAUAAAGAGGAGAAAAUCCUCGCGCUCUCUGGUGGUCAUGUAUGAUGGAUGAAGAGUGUAUAAAUGUGGGGUGGGGUGUGCGCUGUAAGUGCUUCCUGGCAUACCCUGUUUGGCUGUUGAACUGCCUGAAUCAGAGCUGCUGGUGGUCUGAUCUCAGCCAGGCUUGGCUAGGAUGUGAAACAAUUAGCCCAGGUCCAUGGGGGCCACCCACAGUGAAGCCCACAGCUCUUCCCUACCCGGUGCAUGCACUAAGGAUCCAUGUUCAUCCCAUAGAUUUCUACCAGGUUAGAGUUUCUCACAGCUUCCCUUGAGUUGGUCUGAAUGCUGAACUAGUGAAAAUCCUCUUUGGUGAGGACUGAAAUCACUGGAUGCUGCUUAUUGACAGCACAGCUGGAGGCCUUCAUGUGAUUAUGUUUCCCUUUAAUGUCGACUGUAGCUGUGAGAUGACUUGAACAUCUUGUAGUGCUCCGAUUAACUGACAUGAAGACAGGCUUGCAUUUGCUGUAGUAAAACCAUCUUUAAUCUCCUCCUUGUAUUUGGGAUUAGCGCUCAUUCCAAGAUAUGGUUUUAAAACAGUCACAGUUCUCCUCAGACAUCACCUACGUAUUUAAAAUGUCGUCUAAUAUUCAAAUUUGGGUCUUUUUGCAUGAGAAAAUAACUAGAAAGUCAUAAAUAUCGCAGUGAUUUGUCAGUGUAGUUUAAAGGGUUUGUUAAUAAAACUGGACCAUGACUGGUUAAAGGGGUUUCUGCCACUUUUUCACCAUUUAGACUUGUGAGACAAAGACCAUGGUGAUAAGGGCCUUGUGAGAAAUGAAGACCCCACUAACCCGCCCGAUUCAUUGCUCUAUCUCUCCCAGAGGAUCCUUGACCCCUUUGUUGUGAAACUAGGAGUGGGAGAAAAAAAUCGUUACAGCAUAGUAUCGCGAUAUUUUAUCUGGUGAUAUAUCGUAUCGUCUCAUUUUCCAAAUAUUGAUUUUGUUCAAAAUAAUUGCCGAUAUGAAGUCAAAUUUAUAAUAAUGGAAAAGUAAAAUUAACUGUUUGUCCAGUGAGGUUGGCAGAGGUGACAUUAUAGAGCAGGAGAAGGUUAGUACAACAAAUAUAUAAGGUUUGCAAGAAGUGCUACAUGAAAAUAAAAUACAGCAUAAAUAAGACAAACAUAAAGGAAAUACAAAUGCUAAAUUAGCUUAACAGUUGAAAAAAACUGUAAAUCGCAAUAUCCCAAUAAUAUUGUAAUCAUGGCCCAGGUAUCGUGGCUCAAGUAUCGUGAUAAUAUUGUAAACGUGGCCCAUGUAUUGUGGCCCAAAUAUCGGGAUAAUAUUGUAUGGUGGCGUGAUAAUAUUGUAAUCUAAGUAUCGUGACAAUAUGACAAUAAGCUAAUUUAAAGAGAGCUUGUCCCAAACGUUGAUGUCAGUGUAAAUGUACCUUAUAGUUAGGAUGUUUCAGGGCUUGUUUUUGGCUCUAUCAUAGAUGCAAAGCAUGUGUUGUAGAUUGUGUUGUAAUUCAACAGUUAGUGUAGAAAAGUAGGACAAGUGAGUAAAUUCAAGAUCUUUGUAAAUAAAUAUACUCUCAUAUUGAAUCAUUUCUGUAUUACUUCAGGCAGAGUGGAUGUUUUGACCUCUCUGUCGAUAGAUUUCUAUGUUUUGUCUUUUAUUGACACCUCAUAAACAAAAGGAUCCCCAUUGCACUGAGCAGUAGUUUUUCACCGAUACACAUCAGCCAGAUUUACUCUUGUGAAAUAAACCGUAGGGCCGUGUUUCAUUAUGUUCUGAAUUUCUGAAGGCAGCCAAUAAACUUGAAGCACCAACUAGUUUUGUAUAAUCACAGCUUGUCUCUGAAGACGGAGAGGGUGGUAGGUUAGUAUCACACACAAGGCUGACGCUGUGGCUUGUCAGUUUCCAGGAAAUGACUGCCUCUGGAGGACAUCUGUUUGGACAUUACUUUGAGUCGGACUUAGUUAAUAGCUACUGUAUCAUCUCUUGGCUAAAUCGUCCAUGAAAUGAAUGUCUCUGUUCCUUUGGUAAACAUAGUUUUACGAUAACAUCAGCUUACAUGCAUUCUAAACAACUUGGCUACACAUAAAUUUUGUGAUUGCGAUUGCUCUGUCCUCGAGGGAGAGCAGGGUACAAGCUUCAACAAGAUCCUCCAGCAGACACCAGAUUUUUAAGUGGUGCCAAACAGAGUUCAGCGGUGGCAGACAUUUCUCAGAGGAGCUUUAUUUUUCAAUCUCUCAGAGUUAAUGACCACUCGUACUAAAUUUAUCAUAACGUGUGUUUUCCUUUUUUUUAAUAAACUGCAGUCCUAAUAUCAUCCAAUUUCAGAUAAGCCAGGGUUUCCAGCAAAUCAUCUGUUCCAGUUUGAUGAUGUUUGAGUGUGUCAGAUGAGAUCUGAAAAGGUCAGACAGUGUAGUGAAGGUUUUACUUGUUUUUCUUUGUUUAUGACACACAGUAGCUCGUGAAGGGUAGACAGCUCACGACAAUGAUGUAAAUGGCAGAAAAGUGAAUCACUUCCUGUGCACCAAUAAAAAAAAAAAUUCCCAGAAAUGACCUUCUGAGCCCCUGAGUGACCUAUGAGAGAGGAUUGUGAGUAGGGCUUCAUGAUUAAUCGAUUUUAAAUCUUAAAAAAUUAAAAUCAUCAAAUUGAUUUUCCUCUCUAUCAUGUCAUGUGCCUCCAGGCCACCGUAGACUCCCCCUUCCUGAGGGAUUGCUCCUCAGUUCCCACACACACCAGUGUAAACAAACAUGGCGUUUGCAAAAGAAGGCGAUAAUUUCGUGGCUAAAUAGGACAAGAGGAAGUCAGUCGUCUGGAAUUGGUAAGACUUCACAGUUUCAGACGAAGAGCAAACCACUCCCCGCUGCAAAGUCUGUUGCAUGCACACGGAAACUGCGUUUUUGGGUGACUGUAAACGGUAUCUUUUGAAAACAGGUCAGAGAGCGCAUAAAUCCGGAAACGCCGACCAAUUCAUUUCAAACGAUCAUGUGACACACAGCGUAACUCUUUUUUGGCGCAUGAGCGUGUCCGGCCAAAACAACUUUUAUGCUCUGUUCUCUUCUUCUGUCUUUUGUGCAUUUCCUUUGCAGCAUUACAGCGCCACUUACUGGCUUGGCAUAUGCACUACAUUGUUUUCAGUGGUUUCAUUUUGAGAGAUGAUAGAAAAACUUAUUCCUAAAGUGAAGUUUGGUGAAGUUGUCACUGAAUAAAAGAUUGAAGAUCGAGUUUUCAGAGAGAAAAAUCUGGAUUUUUUUUUGGCGGAUAUCGUGCAGCCCUAGUUGUGAGUCUUCCUGGCCUCAUCCUUUCCUUCUUUUGUGUAAAAUGUCAUUUAUUGAUCAUACGUAUGCUCUCUUGACUCAAUCUGGACUCGUAUUGAAUCUGAUAAUCUAUUUACAAUAAAAAGACUAUUCUGUGUAUGUUGACAUUAACCCCCCCUCUCCGAAUAAACAUUGUAUAUCAUUCUUGAAUGUUAACCAGUACAGUCUUUGCCCAAAAGACGAGGCUCAGCAAACAGAGUGACAUGUGGAAGCAGCAGCAGCAGCAGCAGCAGCAUCGGUUGGAAAUAGUUCUCGGUGAAUCUGGGACAUCUCUGUACCUGGCAAGAUUUGCAUCGCCUUCUCCUCCUGAAAUGAGCACACUCUUAUUCCUCUCUGGACUAAUUUAGAUUUUGUUAACAAGUUCCAUACUACUAAAAACACACAUUUCAAUAUAAAAAAAGACUCAAAAUAAGAAAACAAACAUCUUAGGAGUCGAGGAAAAGGGAAGUUUGAAGCAGACACCCAGCAGGGCAGUGAGGAUGUGUGUCAAAUCAGAGGCAUAAAUGGAUCAUCUGUUGUACAGAAUCUCUAGUACUGGCGUUUUAAAACCCCCUCAUCGUUCCUCCCUCCUUCUUCUCAACCACACACACACACCAGCACACAGACACUCUCACAACCCAGCCUGCCGCACACACACCUCAUGUUUUAUUCAGUGGCCUAUGGGAAGGCUGUGUCUGUCUUUGAAGAGUGCAGCUGAAAAUCAUGUAGUAGACCCAUCUCAUCCUCAGUCUUCAAGGGGCGAUGCGGUAGAAGCGUGUACCUGCUCAGGCCUUUAGACAGUCCAGGUGGGCCCAGUCUGUAUGACGUGCAUAAUCGCGGGGCCUUCGGGGUAUAUUUAGCCUCAGGUUUUUCUUGAAGUCCUGCCCAUCCCGGGUUAAAAGCCUUUCCUCCAUAGACUUCUCAUUACUGUCCUUGGCUGCAGCAGCUCCAGAUCCCUCAGCAGAGACUGCAAGGUAACAGCUUUACCUUCAAACAGCGUCAGAAAAUACAUUAUCAGCAUAAACCUUGUGCAGCGUUUCAUCCCCGGCGGUGGUGCAGCUUGUUCUGUGUGUCCAAUCCUCAGAUUUAUGCGCGGCGUCAUGAUGAAUAACAAAUCACGCGCUGUUUGUGUUUGCAUUUUAAACAAACAGACUCAUCAGAUUAGAGCUGAAACAAUAAAACAUUUGACCGCAGUUUAUCAAUCAGAGUAAAUUCAUGUUGAUAUGACUCAUAAAGAUCUUUUUAAUAGAAAAUACGAGUUAGAUCAUGAAAAUGAGCGCUUGUUGAGAAAUUUCCUUUAGUGAUUCUCCUCCAAAAAUUAAACUCUAGUGAAUACGCGAGGAUUUUUGUUCCAUGUCAUGAAUAUGAAUUACCCCAGGAUCCAGCGCUUUGCUCCGGCGCAUGUUUCUCUGGGUUGAAAUACCUUCACUCCCAAGGGGUUCGGAUUAGAGAGUCCCCUCUGUAUUCCUUUGUUGCUGAUUUGUGCUUUCAGCAUUCUUCCAGUUGUUUCCAGCACUUUGUUUGAAUUUCAAGCAUUACGUGGAUCUCAAGACACAAGAAACUCAUCUGCACCGCCCAGGUCAGCGGGGAAUUUCAAGAAGACUAAUAUGUUAGUUUGCCAGUGCGGCUAUUAAAUCCGUUUGAUUGAAGAAACAUGCCUUUACAUCAUCUUGAAUAUAUACAUGCAGCCCGGGGCAAUCACUUAGCAAAGAAACCACCGUGUUUAUGAACAUGGUUAUCUACAGAGAGGCCUCGUCGAGGUUCAUGCUUGAUGCGAUUUCUUCUGCUGAGAGAGCUCUUUGAGGUCCAUCAGGUUUUUCCUGCUUGACUUAAUUGAAGAGAGGGCUGGAUUGUGUGUGAGGAAAAAGAGGGAAGGGGGAGGAGGGGUGGGUUAGUGCCUUGGAGUGUCUUUCCACAAGUGCUUUGCUACCCGGUCCUGAAACUGGAACCCUGUGGGAACAAGCAUGCUCAGGUUUAUUUUAUGUGCGGCGCAUGGAAGGUGAAUUGAGGGGACAAACUGCAUGCAGAGUAAAAAACCCGAGCGGAGCUUGUCACGCUGUUUACGACAAGGCCUUCACAGUUUAACCCAUUUUUGUCAAACACACGCUCACACUGUGACAACUAUGACUCCUUUGUUUCCAAGCUGACAGUUACGGGAUGCUUGGAUAAACAGGAGCUUAUCUAUAACUGUCCUCAAACUUAUCUGACGAUCAGCUACCUGAUAUGUCAGAGUUUCCUGGACUCGCUGCUGUUGUAAACAGAUCUGAUUAUCACAGUUGCCACCGGAGAACAGGGUGUGGAUGUCCGCUCCUGACAUACUGACACUCUCCUCACCUUGCUUGAAUUCCUUACAGCAGCUCUACACACUUUUAGAGCCUCCAAACAAGAUCUAUUUAGCAGGAAAAACCCUUUUGAAGCCCGAACAUAAUCAGCCAUCUCACUCUUCUGCCGGAGAACAAUCGAGUUCAGAGCAAAGCAGCUUUAUUUGCAGGACUUCAAACAGCCUGUUCUCCCCAGGGUCAUUACCCCGCUCAGGAAAUGAGAAAGUGGGCUCCUGAUGUCACUGGCAAACCCCUUUGCACAGAAUGCUGGGUUAAACUGUGAGGGGGAGGGGAGGGCCACGCUAGAUCAGAGUUCAGACAUGUUUACAUUACAGCUCAGGAUAUUUCUCAGAGCCUGGCCAAGCUGCUGAAGUUCCCAGGCUCCAGAGUUGCAGAGUGCUGAAAAGAGGCACAAGCAUUCACUUUUUCUUCCCUCCUCUCCCUCGCUCUCCUGGGCUCUUGGGUCUGUGUCACAGUUCAGCUCCAUUUGCAUUGUGGUGAAGUUGUGUUUCUUUGCUGCAGUCGGACUAUUAUGUGGGAAUAUUAUGUAUGUGAAAUAUAAUGAAAGCUGAGAGUCGUAAACACGGGAAGUUAGUACGUCUGAAAUGUUGCGGCUGACAUUGUUUUUGAAAUGAAAGUGGGGAACUUUUACUGAAUUCAGCACAAGAAUAGAUAAUUUCUUUGUCUCGGUCCGUGACAUCUCCUUUUCUCUCUCUUCUGAGGAACUCUUUGAAAUGCAUAUCUCUACGACUGUCUCAGCAGCAACAAUAACAAACCAGGUGUUUGCUGUCUCAUACACUAACAGGGUUAACACUCACACACUGAGCCCGUAUACAGGUUUGAGUCAAACACCUGAUUUAGAGUCACAUAAUCAGGGAUCUUUGUACGACUGCUGUAAUCAUUGUAUCCAAACGAGGCAGGCAUUUUCACUGAGAGGGAUAUUGGUAUAGCAGCUCAAUCAGAGUGCCGAACACAGCAGCCAGCAGAUCUAAACCGUGCAAUCAGCCUCUGUGGAAACUAGAAAUGAUAUUUUCCAGUGUGUUAUAUCUUCAAUCUCUCGCUGUCAUAGUUGUGACUCUUUUUAUUGCUGGUUUUGAGAGUGUUGUCCUCACAAAGAUAAGAAGACAAACUGAGAAGAAACGUAAAUAUUCCGAACAUCAGACGAGGAGAUCCCAAACUGUCGGCAACGUUAGGUUAUAAGUUUUGGUCUUGUCUGUUGUUGCAUCAAACCACAGUGAUCAGAUGAGUAACAUCGUACUAUAACUGUACAAAAUAUGCCCCCUCUGUGCAUAUUGUGUUUUGAAGCACAUGUGAAUUCCUACACUGCCAAGGUCCUUAAACGCACCACACUCAUACCGCUCGGCUCGGCGCAAACAUCGGCUAAGCUAUCUCUCCAUAUAUCUACAGUUUGUGCGUCCAUUGAACUGUGAGCUACGAUGUUAACUCCUGUGUUACACUUUGUUGAUGUUUAUGUUGAUUUAUGAGUUUACUUUGAUGACUUAACAGGAGUUUUUAUAUUGGUUUGUAUGAUGUGAUGAGCAACGUAUGCUAAUUAAAGGUGGGGUAGUCAGGAUCUGAGGAAGUUCCAGUUUUUAGGAGAAAUCAUGAAUGUAAACUCUACCCCUCCAAACCAGUUUUCCCCUCAGCUCCUCCUCUCCCCUCAAGCCCCGCCCACAAACAGACGCUCCUGCUCGCUCGUAUCGUUCCAAUUAAAUUCAGAUAUAAUGCAGAUAAAUACUUCAGAUAAUUACAAAUGGGGCCCAGUCAAGGUGCUACUGUAGAUGCCAACAGACUACCAGCAAACACAAUGUUUGCAGGACUUCUACAACGAGGAUAAAGUGACAUAGUCCAGGACCCGAGGGAGGACAGUUUAGCGAUGGCGCCACAACACGCUACAGCAGGUCCGCUUUUUAGCUCUUGUCCGGUCUACCUCCGUUUUAAGCGCCCGUUAUUCCUCCAGAGCCUCCGGUAUUUACUUUGUUUUCUUGCUUGUGUCGGCAGUCGUGGCCAAAGGAGGAUUCAGACAAUUUUCCGAACUUUCUGGUUGGUUUCUACUGUCCGAUAUUGUAGCACGCUAACUUUGUUUGGGCUCCUGAACGACACGGGGGAGCAGCGUCUGCCUCACAACCAAUCAGGUUAGAGGAGGAGAAGAACGGCUUUGUUUACAGUCAGAAAGACCGGGCCAAUCAAAAAAUGUUCAGAUGUUGACUACACAGACAUAAGAGAACACAGAGAUGUUGUUGUAUUACCAAAUGUCAUCAAUAACUAAUAACUAUUGACUGAUAUUAAAAGCUGUUUUGUAAAUACACCACAAAAAAAGAAGCUUCUUUAACUGAAUCCUGCCGACCCCACCUUUAAGUUGUACUUUAUUUCUAAUCAACCUGUAUUGUUGUGCCUAUACUGCAGAAACCACACACUCAUACAGAAUUUAUAAAAGGUUGAAACUUUAUUGCUGGACUCAGUUUUCAUUCUGCACUCAUUACACGUGUCCUGACCCAACACUCUGGAGUGAUUUCUGCCACCUAAGAUCCUCUGUAGUCAGUCCGUAAAGCAGUAACCAUAUACUCUGUGAUAAUUUUAUGUUGUUUGGGUACAGUAUGUAUUUUGGAGGCUUUCCCAACCCUCUAAGCCUUCAGCUCUUUAGAAACCACCAUGAACCUGGUGAAAUUAUAAGUAACUCAAUAUCAUGCAGAUAUUCUGCUUGAUUGGGCGUUUUAUCAGCCGUCAAAAUCCCACAACUGUCAAAUCCUCACUCAGUCCCAGACAGAGGGGUUAAGCUGUCGAGGGCAUCAGAUACAGGUCUAGAGGAGGAACAUAGAUGGUCUUGUUUCUUGCCUCCGCUCUGCCAAUAAGGCUGAGAAGUGGCAGUUGGAAUGUUUGUGUUAGCGCCUUGCUGUGGUGAGGUGUCACGGUGCCGAGCGCUGCUCUGGCGCCUGCUCUCUCUCCACCUUGCCUUCGGGCACACAGACACCGCUGUUGCAUCUACAGAGAACACGGUAGAUGAACCCAGCAGAAGAUCUCUGGUCUUUAUCCGCGCUGUCCAGUCAUCUGAAGACGACCUUUAAGGGCUCUGGGAUGUCUCAUCAGAGAUUCUGCCUGAAAUUGAUGAAUCUGUGUUCAACUUUGAAUAAAAAUGAUCAUUUUCAGAUGUGCAAAAUUGGGUGUUUUUAGCUGGUUUUAAGCUUCUGGAGGGGAAGUGCAAAUGUGGAGAGGAACCCGAUCAGCCAAAGCCAUUAGCUAUCAAUGGAUGAGCUUUAAAUCUGCUGAAUUUACACUUAGAUUUGUGAUUGUUCAGAUUUUGAUUUUCUUUGCCAUAAAAUAAAUCAGAAAUUCAGACUAAACUAAACUUUUUGAGGUUUUAUCCUCCACUUUAAAAACUUUUCUCUUUUAAAAGGUGAAUUAGAGAAAAAAACUCAAACCUCACUGUAGAGACAGUUCAUUCUCAGAUUUUAAUAAAGAAACAUACAUUAUAAUUUACAGUGUAAAGGCCACGCUCCUUUAGCAUGAAGGUUAAAUCAUCAGAGGAUCACAUGAGGGGGUAAUAAGCUGAAGUCAUGUAGUGGAUAACGUCACAGUUAGGAGUUCAUGGGUUGUGAUUUGGAGGGUUUUGAUCCAGAAGUUAUCAGAUAAAUGCACUGAUACAAAGAAAUAUAGAGGUUCUUAUAAUUUUUUGUUUAUUAAAUGUAUUUAAAAGUUGCUAUUUUUUCUUGUAAUUUGGAAAAAAGUUUUAUUUCAAGCCCUUAAGUAGUUAAUUGUGAUUUCUGUAGAAUUUGACUUUUUAUUUUAAGCUUCCAGAAAAAGAAAACAAGCACAUUAUUAUAAGAAUUAGUUUUCUUAAAGGGAUUUCUGCCUCUCUAUUAAUUUCCUCUGUAUUUAUGUACUUAUUAUAAAAAAGGAGCACCUGAUUCACUCUAAUUGUUGUUUUUGCUCCUCUAACUUCAUCUCAUCUCCUCUGCUCUCAUAAAAAAUCUGUUUAAUCCAUGUGGGGAAGCCAGGAGGUGAAUGUUCCCCCCAAAAAGAUAAAGAUUAGUCUUAAAGCAAUUAAGCGGACAAAUCCUGUAACUACAUGGGAGUAAGCUUGUAGAGUAAAUCUAAAUAAGCCACAUUAACUUGUGUCAGAUUUUAAAUUAUAACCCUGAAAUGAAGCGGAGAAUCGGUUGGCCUUCAAAAUAAGAGCAUGUGUGGUCUAUCCUUGGUUAUAUAUACUCGUAAAGUGGACUCAUAAAACAAACGUUCAUCAUUGCAGAGAGAUAAAAAAGAGUAAUGUUUAGGUGAGUGCUGCUGCCCACUGCUCAUUAAUGAAUCAAAUAUUUAACGCUUAAUAUUUCCACUAAAUCAAUCCUUAAAGAAUGAGAAUAAUUAAUGUACACUCAGAUGGAGUCCCUUUAGGUCUGACCUCUUAUUAUAAAUCCUGAUAAAGAGUGUUUUGUCCUGUUUGCACUGAUUAUAUAACCCUCUGAGUUAAUGUUGAAAUGAGUGAUUCUGAAGCCGGACAAACAAAAGUUCGAAGGUGGACGAUGAGAACCGAUAAAUAAUCGAGGCUGAGAGAAAACUGUGAUGCUACAUUCUUCUCAUAGCUGUUAGUGAGAAAGUGGGGUUAUUAUGUGUGCAUGCAUGAUAACAAGAAGGAGAAAGAGAGUGAAGAGAACAUUCCUUUCUCACUCCCACUCUCCUCCACCACACCCCCAUUGCUACUCGCUGCCACCCCACCCCCAGUUUCCUUCCUGUGCUUUUUUUAGAGCCUAUUGGAUGUUUUUCCCACAUCCGGCAACAAAGCCAGCCUUUUUAUGCCAUAACCUAACAGCAUGGUGUUCUGUGGUUCAGCAGCUACGCACGAACGGUCAAACCGAGAAAUUAACCUGAUAGACUGAACAGGUAGAGAGGAGGUGUGUGUGUUCAGGAUCUCAUAUUUUAAUAAUGUGUGAUCUUUGACUGUGAAGUAUAUCAGCUAACAGAGAGUGUGUGUAUUAAACGUCGCCUUAUUUCCUUUGUCUUGAUGUAAUGAAGACAAAAUUGUGUCUAAGCAUGUUAAUUCCUCCAGUUUUAUUAUUUAGUUCCAAAAAGUCUAAAGGAAGCUGUUAAUAUAUCUAAUAUUGUGAAAAGAAUUAAUCUAAUCUGCAAAGAAGAUCUCUUUUUAUUCAGUUACAACAGUUUGGUUAUAAAAGUCUGUGUACCAGAGAAAUAAUCUCAGACAUUAAACACCUUUUUGGAUCUCAUGUUUGAUGAGAGGGUCUGCUAGGAAGCAGGAGUGAAAAAGAUAAAUAAAUAAAGCCUAAAAUUUAAGAAAAGCAGAUUUAAAAUUCACUUUUAAGACUAUUUGAAGUGUGAUUAACAUAAAACCACCCUGCCUGUAAUAUAAUCAGCGCUCUAUCUGACUUUGUUUAGAUGUAAAUGUGUCCUAGUUCUAGGGCUGGGCGAUAAACCAAAAAUUUACCGAUAUUUAAAUUUGAAACAUUAACUCAUGUCAUGACAUGGUCUCAUGUCGCUUUAAGAUGCAGAGGGAUUAGCAGCUUGUGGAGUAGUUAUCGUCCAUUUAUCGUUAUCAAGGUGAACUGCUCAAUAUAUUGUGAUAUUGAUUUGAGGCCAUAUCGCCCACCCCUACUUCCUAUAGAACGAAACUCUAUGUGUUUGCAUUUCAAAAAUAGAAGCAGUGGCUGUUUUUUUUUUAAUUUUUUGUUUUGGUCAGCGUUUCUUCAAUUCAUUACUGCAGCACGCCUGUGAAAGAGACCAUUGGUCUGGUGUAGGGCUGGGUGAUGAACCAAAAAUUCACUGAUGCCAAAAUUUUCUACAAUAAUAGACGUUGUUUUGCCCAUGUCAAUAUAUUUGGUGUAAAAAUAAAUAAAUAAUUAAACGUUGUUUUUGGAUGUGUGUAGGUAGGCUAUGGUCUCAUGUCCCUUUAAGACGCUGUCGUAACAAAGAGGGAAAGACAGGUGAGGAGAUGGAGGACGGUUCAAAAGUUGUAGCGGCUGAAGUAGACGAAGUUAAUGUGGGAGGGGGUGAGCAGCUCAUGGAGUAGUUAUCGUUCAUUUAUUGUUAUCGAGGUGAACUGAUCAAUAUAUCGUGAUAUUGAUUUGAAGCCAUAUCGCCCAGCCCUACUUGGUGCCUCUGCAGGUUAUAUCUGCAGCUCAGUAAGUCAGUAAGUGUUUGGUUAAAUGUUCUCCAGUGUUACACAUAUUUCACAUAUUUACAUGUUUAAAUAAACGGCUCUUAUAGUUUGGGUUAAAGUUUAUUUCACAUGCACAUCUUUUUUAAUACUUACUGUACCAGAAAACUCUGACAGUUGUGUUUAUUAGCGCUCCUUCUCAUUGUCAUUCCCAGUGAAUCCGUUUCCUUAGUAAGGGGGAACUUUCCCUUUUAUUAUGCUGCCUUGGCUGAGUUUGAAUCACCAGGCUCAUCUGUUUGGCCUGAUGUAGUCAAAGCAAUGAAAAAAAAAAAAACAGCUGUCUAGUCGGUGGAGGGGUGCUUUGCCAAUUGAGCUGUGAAAUCCACAUAAGCAAGCAGGAUAAUCUCUUCCACCCAGACCUAAUAUCAUAUCCUGGGAUGGUAAUGCAGAUAGUUCUGUUUUCACAACCCUGAGCCAGGAGGAUGUAAUUUAACGUGACAAGAGGAUAAUGGGAAGUAUGACAUCCCAAAUCUCAUCACGUAUACAGGUGGGAAAUAGUCUGAUGUUUGGUGGUAAAAUGAACUUCUUAAUGACCUGGUUACUUGAUGCACAAAUGUUGAGAACCUCCAAUAGCAACAAUAUGCUAGAUAAGAAGAUAAGAGGAGAAAAUAGAUCAUCUUCUUUGUUUACUUAGCGAUCGACAGUCUCAUUUGGCAUUUUUAGGGUCUACUAUCAGUUUAGCUUUAUUUCCUGAUGAGUUAACCACACAUUUCGAAGUGAAAUCAACCUUUAAAAUCAGAGAUAUUUGAGUUAAAUCAAGACGAUAAAGGAGAGCUGAGGAAAAGUAGUCAGUGACGGUAGAAUUGGGACACGUGCCACUGACAAAAUGUUCCCCACAGAGAAUAGAGUUUGUCUAUUUCUAUACCAUGGACUUGAUGUUUAUUUGAUCAGAUGUCACUAUAGGUACAGAGGAUCUGCUUUGAACAGUGCUAAAGGCUAUUUUGGGAUAAAGUAGGACGCCUAUCCUUAGAGAUAUUUCUUCCAGAAUUGUCUUGAUCAGCAAAUCCUCUUAGUCUGUUUACAAUCACAGUGGUUGCUUAGUGUUUCCCUCCACUCCAGAGGAAUGUCACUGAUCGCACAUCAUGGGAAAGUUUUUUUUUCCCACUUGGACAGAUUACCUGAGAGUGCAGUGUCUGUCUCUUACUAGCUACGACAUGCAAAAAAGACCUAAAGCGUUGGUUCACAGGGCUCGCUUUGACACACACAAGAGCUGGUUGCAUGCAGAAACUUGCUCAGAGACACAUGGGCUUUGCUGCAACCUUGAACUCUCCGUGCCACUGAGAGCCACUGUUUACCCAGACAGAGAGCUCAGUACCUACAGGGCUCCAUGGGAAGGCAAGUCGGACGACUCUUUGAAUGUUUAAUUCUGCAUGUGGACAAAAGUAAAUUCUGCAGAAAGAAAGGUUUGCAAAUCAAUAUUGACCACUUGGGGUUAGGGCUGCACGAUAAAUCGGUUUUAAAUCAUAAUCAGAUUAUUUGAUCAUGACGAUGUAAAAAAAUUAAAAUCAUCAAAUUGAUUUUCCUCUCUAUCAUGUCUCGCGCCUUCAGGCCACCGUAGGCUCCCCAGUUCCCACACACAUCAGUGUAAACAAACAUGGCGUUGCAAAAGAAGGUGAUAAUUUUGUGGUUAAAUAGGACAAGAGCGAGUCAGUUAUGUGGAAUUGGUACAACUUCACAGUUUCAGAAGAAGAGCAAACCACUCCCCGCUGCAGAGUCUGUCUGAAGGCGGUAUCAACCCGUCACCACGGAAACAAAUUCAGGAGUAAACACAAAACAUUUUUUGUCGUAUUGGCGUUUCAUCCACACAGAAACGGCAUUUCGGGUGACUGUAAACAGUACUUUUUGAAAACGGGUCAGAGAGUGAAUAAAUCCGUAAACAACUACCAUUUCAUUUCAAACGAUCAUGUGACACACAGCGUAACUCUUUAAUGGCGCCUGCACGUGUCCGACCAAAACAACCUUUACAUGCAUGCUCUGUACUCUUCUUCUGUCAUUUGUGCAUUUUCUGUGCGGCGUUACAGCGCCACUUACUGGCCUGGCAUGUGCACAACAUCGUUUUCAGUGGUUUCAUUUUGAGAGAUAAUAGAAAAACGUUUUAUUUUUAAAGUGAAGUUUGUUGAAGUUGUCACUGAAUAAAAAAUCAAAAUCGAAAAACAGUGAUUUUAUUUUUGGCCAAAAUCGUGCAGCCCUACUUAGGAGCAGAGCUGACUCCACACAGACAAUUUGGCAUUUUAGCACUGUACAGAGUUAAUCUAAGUGUUGUGUUAACAUUCAUUGGCAGAGUUAGACAUGCAGAUGAAAUACUGACUUGUCAAGUAUUAGUGGGGAGGGAAAAGUGAUCCAAACUAUCCUUCACUUCAGUAAGACACGAGCCGUCAUCCUUCUCAGCUGCAGCCGUCAUUACCACCACUAACCAAACUGUCUGAUCUGAGUGACAGUUGCCCUGCAUUUGCUCUGCGUUUAUAGAGACAUACAGUUACAGCUGCACCACUCAGACAAACCACAUGCAGAGCUACACAAACAGUGCAUUGUCUUUGGGAUCUGAUAUUAGACAAGAUAAGAAAAUCCAUCAUGUUUGUGCAUCGGGUCUGUAAGAGCAGUGAGUCAAAACCAGUCUGAGUUUGUUGUGUACAAAUAUCUAACUCAUCUACUGCUGCAUAUGAAGGUUCUUGUGGGUUUAAUCAAGACUUCAUCAGUCAACAAUGUGAAAAUCAAAAGUUUUAGUGCCCUGAGUUUCUGUCGGAAAGUGAAACCGUUAAAAAAAAAGACCUAAAUGAUGUUUUUUUCACUGAAGAUGUUGUCUAACUAAUAUCUAAGAUGCAUCAGCAUCAUGUGAUCUUUUGUUUUUGUCCUUCUGGGAAACGGGCUGAUGAUACAUUUUUAGAGGUCACAUAUUUUCUGCACCAUGAUCCCCAAUGCCCCCCUCCCCUCCUAACACACACUUUCUCCUCGGCUGGAGCCUGUGAGAGCUCUGCAGUGUUUUCUGUGUCCAUCUCUACCAGUGCUGGUCUACACAGGCCUUAUUUGGAAUGUCAGAACUGAUAGUAGUGGGAGUCAAACAAAGCUUCCCACUCAUUUAUUUUUUCUUCUUAGUUUUCGAGCUGCAGCAGUCCCUCACAAGCCCAACCAGCAGAGGAUCGUUUCAGAGCACAGUGCAGAUUAGUGCGACUGCUCUCCUGUCCUAAUGCAUGUGUGUGUAAUCUAAAUGAAAGCUGAGAGAGAUGACAAAACUCAACAAGUCCACGCUUUUCAAUUUCAACCGGCGGAUCUUUCCAGGCUUUUUCUAUUGAAGCGGUUUAAAACACUAAAUGUGUUUUGACUGUCUGAAAGCAUGAGGCUUAUCAAGACCUAGCUGUGUGAAGCAGCAUUAGCACAGCAUUAACCACUUAGCUCAGGUUUCCCACGGGAUCUAAAAUGGAUCCUUGUUACGCUGGGAAAUCGCCAUAGAGAUGCUGCUGGAGAGCACUUUGCUGCAAUCACGAUAUUGACGACAUUGUUUCCUGAUUUGGACCUUCCUGAUUUGGAAGUUUAUGGUCCAAACAGCUGAAAGAUGAGCUCCUGAGCAGAUUAAUAACAGAUCAUCUUAUCAACAGCUACUGGAUUAUGGAGGAUGGCUGUUUCUUUACAUCUGAAGUCCUUAGCCGUAGAUAUAUAACCGGUUUAAGACCCUGUUGCUCAACUCAGCAGUGGCACUGUUGGCUCUCAUCGUGCUGCAGCUGCAUGCUGAAGAGCAGCCAGAUGUUUGAGGUGGUGAAAUGAGCCUAGCGAGCAGGAAACUGCUCUGCAUGCCAUAGGAAUCAUCUUUGAAAACAGGAAGGGAACUUGUUCCCUGCUUAUGGGCCUUUUCCUGUGGCAUGACCGGAGGCAGGCCUUGUGUUUGACGGUUGCUGGGAGAAAGGUACUUGUGUUUGUAUGGCGAUGGCCUUUUAAGGGUACAAACACUUUAGGAAAGCUUUAGACCUGUUGAACAAGGGAUUUGUUUCCACAGAAGCUAAAAACAUCAAAUAGUCCUCUCACUAGCUGCCUCAUGUGGUCUGGUUUUCACAUUAGUUUCACCUUGGCACCUGAUACUCUCAGAAUAAUGUCCUCGGCAAAGAGGCCAGUUUUUGGUGAGUUAUUCACCUUCUCUGGUCUCAGAAAAACUCCUCUUUAAUUUAUCUUGAGCUUAAUCGUUCCUUCUUUAUUUUUUCAGGCUCAAAGUGACGGUUUAAGUCUGCAUGGAUCGGCGAUUUCUCAUUCUGAAUGCUGUGUUGAUGUUACCUUGGAAGUCAGAAGUCCGAGCUGAAAAUGAAAAAGAAAAAUCAGAGGCGAAAAACAAGAUGGCUACACCUACAAAAGUUAUUUUAGCGCUCGCCUUGUCCGAAUAUAAGUGAAGCGCUAAAAUAACUUCCGUAGAUGUACCCAUCUUAUUUCAGGCCUCUGAUUUUGCUUUUUUCGACUCGGUAACUAAACGCUUGGAACUCGGGUGUAACAUCAUUUUCGGCUGUAAAAUCUGACUUCCGAGGUAACUUGAACGCAGCAUUAGCCUUCCAUUGAUAGAAGGAUUGAUGCUAACUUCCCCAUAACCUCAUGUAGGGCUGGGCGAUAAGCCGGAAUUUUACCGAUACCGAAAUUUACGACAAUAACUAAUGUCAUUUUGCCCAUAUCGGUAUAUUCAGUGUCAAACAAUAUAUAUAUAUAUUUUUAAUUUUUUUAUUUAUUUGCACGUUUAAAAGAACAACACAUUUGAAAACAAUAACAUAAAUGUUUUGUGCAGGUGAGAUUUAGAAAACUCUGUGGGGUUGUAAGGUAAAUCUCACCUCAUAGAGUACUCAUAAUAUACAACUUAAAUAAACGAAGAGAAUUAAAUUUGAGAAGAAAAAAAAUGUAUUAAAAAAGUUGUUUUUGGACGUGUGUAGGUUGGCUAUGGAGAUGGAGGACGGUUCAAAAGUUGUGGCGGCUGAAGUAGACGAAGUUAAUGUGGGGGGGGUGAGCAGCUUGUGGAGUAGUUAUCGUCCAUUUAUCGUGAUCUAGGUGAACUGAUCAAUAUAUCAUGAUAUUGAUUUGAGGCCGUAUCGCCCAGCCCUACUCUCAUGCAAGUUCCCAAGCCUGAGACUGUAUCCUCCUCCUCCUCCUCCUCAUCAUGUUAAAUACAUCAUGUUGUUUCUUUUUUUGUGGCUGGCGUGUAGAUCUUUAGAAGUGGGAAAGCGAGGGCUCUCAGAGGGUGUUUCCAGCACCAAUAAGGGUGUUGAACCAUUGAGGAUGUAAGGCUGUGUAACCGCUAAAUUAAACCCUUUGGGCUUUACCAGCCUAUAUGUAGUUGGCAGGAAAGAGCCGAGUGGUUUCCUGAGAGUUGUCAAGUCCAACAAAUGCUGAUGAAUCUCCAGAUUUGUUGUAAUGAAAUAGAUCCCAUCCUGUAGUUUCCCACCGCCGAUAAUGAACCGAAGGAGUCCUUUUUUUCUGCUGGAGCUGUAGCGAGGCGUGCUGCAGGAUUUCUCCUGAGUCCAGGGAGUCCUCACCUCUCUUCAGUAAAUGUCUCUGCGGCUCAGAAUGACAUGCAGAUGAGAGGCGACAGCAGUGUCAGGAGCUCUGUGAGCCACAUGGCCAUGGGUGAUGUGAUGUGACGGCUUGUCACUGCGAUGUUGGUGACCUAUGGUAUGUCUGCAGUGGCGUGGCCUAGCUGGUGCUUCUGUGAUGCCUUGACAGAAUCUGCCCUCCCCUUCCCACAGAGAGUCACACAUCCUAUAUUCGUUCCCAGGAUCACUUCACUGCUGUCAUCCUGGAAAUCCUUGAAUUCCAGAGAAUAAACUCGGUUUGAUUAAAAGCAGGAAGUGCAAAACCUCUGUCCAGGUCAGCAGUAUAUUGUGCGUUCGCUAUAAUGACUGCAUCAGCUCGCCCUCAGGUUGGAACAUCCUUGUAAGGGGUUCGAAUGAGCAGAAGAUAUAAGCAUUGCUUGUGACGUUUUUCAAGGGCCCCAUACAUUCUCUGCUGGGGUUGGCGGCGCAUAUUUUUAAGGCAGUUUCCUCCCUCCGCCUGGGGGAAAUCACAUUAAACUCGUAUGCUUGACUCAGAACAAAGGGCAGGCCAAUGCAAAGACUGGGAGGAAUGCUGCCUUUUAAUCUGUGCUGUUGGGAUAGUGGAGUGCUGAUUUUAAAAUGGGAAGUGUCUUUAACAGGAUUUUUUUUUUUUUUUGUGCACAGGCUGCCUUUUAUUAAAAUUGCAAGUUUUUUCAUGGCCUGUUGGAGCUGAGCUACAUUAACUGUUCAAAAAAAAUCUGCCUUCAGUAAACAUAAUGGAUGAUUUCCCUUCAAAGGAGCUCUUAUCAUCUCUUUCCAUUUCCCAGAGGCUGCCACAAAGCUGCUUCUCUUUUCUUCCUGCUGCCGCUGCUGCUGCUCAUCCUUCUCUCCUGCUUGCUCUCUGGAGGGCAGCCUCAAUCUAAUACAACUGUGUCAGGAAGUGUGGGGAUGCAAAGUGCUGAUGAGCCAAAAGUAGCCCACCUCUGCAGUGUGCUGCUUCGUCCCAACACACGCCAGCCUGAUUAGGAAAGCACACCAUGAACUUCUGCUUGUAUUCCUGCCUAACCUUGUGGCAAACGCCCUGAAACAGAUAAAACGUGUUUUUAUCGAUCAGUUUAAUUUUAAAUGUAAAAAAGGAGCAGAGUUUAAGUGUCGAGACAGCUAGUGUUAUCAUGAUUUCCUCCGCCCAAACAGUCUGAUCAUCCGUCAGUUUUUUAUCUCCUCAUAAUGUCACAAAAUAAAUCCUGAGGCUCCUUUAUUUUUACAUACAGCUUCAGUUACAUAUGUCUUAUUGCUGCUCUAAAUGUUGUUUUGUUUCUUUAUUUUAUAGUGCAUUGUAGGGCUGCACGAUUUUGGCCAAAAAUAAUCAGAUUUUUUUCUCUGAAAAGUCGAUUUUCGGUUUAGAUUUUUUAUUUAGUGACAACUUCACUUUAAAAAAAAAAAAAAGUUUUUCUAUCAUUUCUCAAAACAAAACCACUGAACGAUGUAGUGCAUAUGCCAAGCCAGUAAGUGGCGCUGUAACGCUGCACAGGAAAUGCACAAAAGACAGAAGAAGAGUGCAGAGUAUGAGUAUAAAGGUUGUUUUGGUCGGACACGCUUAGGCGCCAUAAAAGAGUCACAUGAUCGUUUCCAGAGAUGCAGAUAGACAUCCACAUGGGGAUGAAAUGGUCGUCGUUUAUGGAUUUAUGCACUCUCUGACCAGUUUUCAAAAACUACCAUUUAUAGUCACCCGAAACGCCGUUUCCAUGUGGAUGAAAUGCCGAUAUGACUAAAAACUAUGUGUUUUCUCCUGAAUUCGUUUGUGGGGAGUGGUUUGCUCUUUGUCUGAAACUGCAAAGCCGUACUGAUUCGACACGACUGACUCGCUCUUGUCCUAUUUUACCACGAAAUUAUCGCCUUCUUUUACAAACGCCAUGUUUGUUUACACUGGUGUGUGUGAGAACUGGAGAGCGCUCCCGCAGGAAGGGGGGCCUACGGUGGCCUGGAGGCACGAGACAUGAUAGAGAGAAAAAUCAGUUUGACGAUUUUCAUUUUUUUCACAUCGACAUAAUCAAAUAAUCCGAAAUCGAUUAAUUGUGCAGCCCUACCUGGACGGUAAAGAUAAACAACGCCUCAUUUACUCUCUUCUGACACUCUCGGUCCCUUCACUUCCACUGAGGAGUUAAAAUGUCAGAAUAACCUGAUAUUUUAUUCACUUUAUUUGGAUAUACCGUACUCGCCUUCAGCUGUAGACACUGAGUUGAACCCCACAAUUAAACCGAUCUCUCCUCCCUUUCUCAGCGCUCUUCAGCCAGAUAUCUGAAUGUUGUAUGACAGCUGAUCACUGGCACUGGUCUAAGGGCUCUUGUUUCUUAUCUGGCAGAAAACGAGCUGAAAUUCUCUUUUGCAACAGCAUGCAACCUGCAGAACCACAUAAAUAUUAUGUCUCCCUAGGAACACAAAAGCCAUAUUUAUUUCUUUAUUUAAGGAUUGUUUUCUUCCCGUGUCAGUUCUUACCCUCAAAGGAGAGGAUUGCAACAUGUUUCAGGGCUCUGGUGAAUAGAUUAAAGUCUGGUGAGCUCAGUCCUCGAACAUAGAAAACCUUCGAACUCUUCUCAAACCUCUUUAAGCAUGCGUGGCUCUGAGGGCUGUGCCACUGGACUGACAGAUGGUACCAGGAGGCCUGGAGUUGCAUCCAUGUGAUGGCUCACCCGGAGCACCAUCCACACUGCUCAGCAUCACCACACUGCUCAGCUUGACACACAAGCUACCAGCCCUCUAGCUCCCAGGAAUAGAUAGCCUCUGUUGACAGGUCCAAGGUCAGGUUCUCCACUACCACGGUCGAAAAGCAUCAAUAAGCAGCAUCAAAAACCCACCGACCAAAGAGCUGUGUGUUUUAUUUGUGUUGUAAAACCUUCCUCAGAGUUCAAAAUGUCCCCUCACCUUUAAUUUAAACGUCUUAAUGACAUUUCCCAAUACAAGCUUCAGUGCUCUCUUCAGGAUGAUUGGUAUAUAAUGCAUACAUUUAGCCGCUCAUGCAGCAGGAGUCACUUUCAAAGUGAUUCAGGGCUUCUAAGCUCAUUAAAUGUUAAUCAAAAAAUCUAUUUUCAGAUCACUUGGAGAUCUGUCUUGAGGAUUUUGGGCCAGCGAGGAGGCCACUGCUUCUGAGAGCUGAAGGCUGAGUGAACAGGAUAGUCCUUACUGAGGAAAUUAACCAAAAAAGUCUGAGCAAGAGUCUGUAUUUCUGUUUUAGGAGGAGGACAGUGGAGUCUUGCAAAGCCUUCGUUUCUGAUCUGAACUCAGCAGAGUCCAUCUUUCAGUGGCACCAAGGCAGUAGUGAGGCAACCCUGUCCCUCAAUGGCUUUUUGCAACCCAUCCACUGUCCUUUUCAUUAUUCAUGAUGUGUUUUCUCAGACAGUGCCUUGAACCAUGAGGAGCACUUCUGUCUGUCUGUCUUCUCCAGAAAGAGCCCUGUGGUGGAGGAGAAAGAGUGCAUGAGCUGUACACACUCGUGAGCCUGUUUUCAUCUGCAUUUGGAGAAAAACAGAUGUCCAUUAGUCUGAGGAGAGUCGGGCUGUUUAACUGUCUGUAAAAGGUCGUCUGUGUCUGUUCAUACCAGGGCAAAAAGGAGGCUGGUGAACUGACAGGUUUUUUUUUUUUACCUUUUUCUUCAUCAAAAACUUUUUGUCGGGGGUUCAGUUUAGUUUUGUUGCAAAUAUGAGAGAUAUAGUCAUAUAUAUGCUAGUUUCUAUGGAGGAGGAUUAGGGCCACUGGGAAAACAAAAGGUCCAAUAUAAUUUUUUAAUGAUUAUUCUGAGAUUUAAGUCAGAAUUCUAAGUAAAAAAAAGUCAGAAUUCUGAGAUUAAAGACAGAAUUUCACCUUUAAUCUAGGAGUUCCGACUUUAAUCUCAGAAUUCUAUCUUUGAUCUCAAAAUUUCAAUUUUUUUCCUCAGAAUUCUGACUUUGAUCUUAGAAUUCCGGCUUUAAUCUCACAAUUCCGACUUUAAUCUCAGGAUUCUAAUAUCAAAGUCAGAAUUUGGAGAUUAAAGUUGGAAAUUUGAGAUUUAAAUCAGAAUUCUGAGAUUAAAUUCAGAAUUAUGACUUUAAACUUAGAAUUAUACCUUUUUUUUUCACAAAAAUAAUUUUAAAAAUUACAUCUAACCCUUUUUUUUUGCCCCAUAUCCUUAUACAUAAAUUUCAAAUGUGUUUAUGUGAGAUUUUUAACCCGUUAUUUUCUGGCUUUGUUAACUAAUUCAAACAAUUACCCCCCAAUACCCACUCACUUAAACAACAGUAUUUCAAUGUAAAACAUAACGAUCAUAUAUUAUAUAUAUUGUUGCUAAAAUAGGCUCCAUUUACUUGCGGUUGACAUGAAUCCUCUUUUGUCGCUCUGGCCUCUACUUGUUGUCAUGGAGCUCGAGUUAGUUUCAAGUGUGCGUGAGUUUAUUAUCCUGCGGUACGAAAAUAACCAAAGACUUACUUGGUUGCUCGAAAAUCAGUGAAUGUACUUGCAUCUGUUGCAGUCAUGCUUCAAACAUGUUAGAGUAUAAUGGUGUCUAUAUCUAGAUACAACGCUGAAGUGAUCUCACAUCAACUGUUUAGACACAACAGUGGAUCAUCAGUCUGAUCCAUCCACACCCAUUCAAUAUGAUGAAACAUACACUCUUAUUAGUUUCAGUAAAAAGAAGCUUGAUGAGUCACAGAGAUAUUUGUGCAGUGAUUAAAGUGUGAGGAUUGAACUCUGAGCGAUUGUUCAGAGCGUUCGCACAAGUAAUGCAGACACGAGCCGAGUCCAAAUGUAGUGAACUGCAGGAUUCACUCCAAACCCUCAGGCUAUGAAUCAUCUUAAUCUAAUGUGUGCCAGCAGGUGGAAAUGACUCAAAUUUGUUCCCACAGUGAAAUAUGCAACACGCUGAUACUCCUCUCCUGUGGCCGGAUUGCUGAACAAUCAGCAGCAUUUUGUUUCUGUACAGACGCGGCGUUUGAAGACGGUCCGAUUAUCAGUCAUUUUUAUGUCUUUACAGCAGCGGCGCGUCUGAGAUCCACUUUCUUUCUCAGUGCAUUUGCUGUUUAUGACAAACAACCUCUUUUCUUCUGUUGGCAUGAGAAUAUCUGAAAAUGCAGCUUUCUAUAUAUACAUUUAUUGAAGCACAGUUUUUUGGGGGUAUUUAAUGUCCCAGUUUUCGAGCAGUGUUGCUGAGUGGUUAAGUUGUGAGUCAUAUGCUUAUUACCUUAAAUAAAGACAUGGGGAGAGGACAAAAGGAAGUUGGAUAUCUGCACCAGCAUGUUAAGCAGAAUCUCAGCCACAAAGGAGAAAGUCUGCUAUCUAACGAAGCACAAAAGAAAAAAAUAUAAUGUAUGCAAAUGAGGGAAACAAAGACCCUAUUCUUCUCUGCGCAGCCUGUCAGCUGUAUCAGAUUCUCAGCUAUCUCCUCAGCCCAUCCACUGUGUUCAAACUAUAUAUUAUAUAAAAGCUGAGACCUUUAGGAACCUGAUUUAAAGCAAAUAUAUGAAGCUGAGAGUGUGUGAUCUCAUGCAGGAGUGUAACUGAGUGAUUUUUGUCGAAUAAAGACGUUCUUGUGUCGUCCUAAUCAGAUCAAAUGAGAAAUCAUACUGAAUAAAACACAGUCAAUUCACUGAAGUGGCUCUUCUGCAUUUCAAAAGUUGGUUAUGUGUACAGCAUCCACAUGCCUUGAGGGAAAUUGUGAAAUUGGAUUAAUUUACAUGGUUUACUUUGAGCUGAAUUCAGAAUUUAAUGCAGACCUAUUACUGUUAUUAAAUUUGAACCGAGUCAAACAUUGAGAGUCUUGUCGUGAAGUGCUGAAUGAGCUUUCUUUAUCUCUGACCCGCUUUUAAUUCAGACUCUCUAAUUCUUGGUAAAUAAUCCUUCGUAGCUGCAGGUACCAGAACUUUGAAAUUCUGUUUUUAAUAGUCGGCUCUGUUUUUGUUUUUCAGCUCCAAGGAUCGCUGCGAAGGAAGAUCGAGGGACACACACCUGGACACGCACAAAAGCAGAACGGGAUCUCUUGUGGAUUCGGAACAGACUUUAAGCGGGUCCGUGUGGACUCUGGUCUGGGUCAUGGGCCCUGCCACCAUAACAUGUCUCAGUCUCAUUCCCUGCAAGGCUCAUCAGCCAUGGGUAUGCAGAGGAAGAACUACAUGAUGCCCCAUGGAGUGGGGUCCGACAUAUUCAACAUGACGCUGAAAGAGAUGAAAAAAGAGCCCACCGAGGUCCCGUCGUGUGGACAGUCGCACGCAGAAAUGAUUUUUGAUUUCAAAGAUGAAGGCGGCGGUCAGAUCGACCCCGAGCUUCAGGACCUUUUCGAUGAGCUGACAAAGACAGUUCCCACACUGAACGAUCUAGAGUUUGAGAAGAUCCUGAAGCAGGAUGACACUUUUGGUUUAGAUCUAGGUCGGCCGAGCUCGGCAGGAGCUGCUGCUAGUCUGUGUUCCCCUCUGGAGAGGUCGAUAAAGAUUGAGCACUCUCCAGAUUUUGGCCAAGUUCACGGAGGCUCUCCUCAGCUUCGACCAGCCUCAGCGGGACCCUCUUUCACCAGCACCUCUUCCACUACCACCUCACAGAAAGCUAGCACUCAGGCAGGACACCCAAGAGCAAUGCCCUGCUGGCCUGAGAUAUCCCAUGCAGAGCAACUGAAGCAGAUGGCCGCAAACCAGCAGCAGCCAAGUUCUCUGCUCCAUCACCACCACCAAACACCACCUGCAGGACUGACCAGCUGGGCCCCUGCUAUGACCACCCACUCCUCCACCAGCACCUUCUCCCAGGACAAGAUCUCCAGUCUGGCCCCUCUCAGCCAGCAGAGGAUCGGCCCGCAGGGUAAAGGUAUCAACUGUCUCUUCAAGUCGAACGGCCACAGCGGCCCCCAUCAUCUGGACAUGAAGGUUCUCAGCACCAAGCCCACGUUGCACUUCAGCCCCAAGACGCCACAUUCUGCCAGCCAGCCCAUGCCCGUCAUGGCAGGCUCAGUCAACAAGACUUCAGCUCAGCAGCCCACCCAGCAGUCCCCAUCGACCGGCCACAAUCCCCAACACGCAGCGCUCCACUUCCAGAACAGACAAAUCCCCACAUCAGGGGGGCUUUGUCUGCAGUCCAAGCCUCCUCCCACCGGGAUCCCUUUCAAACUGGCACAACAGCGACAGGUAAGAGCGCUACAUGAAAUUCACUCACAGGAGAGCUUUGAAGUGAAAACUUUGUCAAAUGUUAAAGCCUUUGUGAGGAGUUAUUAACAGUUUAUCAAACAAACUGGGUUGAAAUCAAUAUCCUUUAUGAAAAAAGAACUUCAAUUACAAAACUGAUCAUUUUUAUUCUGUAAUUUUCUCUGCCUGCAACAGUUACUUUCAUUUUUGCCACUGUUAAUGUUCACAGUGAUAGAAAACACCAGCAGAUCAACAAAGAGAUCAGAUAUUACUUGAUCGAUAAAGAGCCUCAAAACCAACAUAAACAGGAGGUUCAUCACAGGAGCUUCAAGUGAGUUUGCUCGCCUCGUAAUACAGAGAGAGCACAGAUAAUCAGAAAUUCAACUACUAUAACUGUUAAUUACAAUUUCAGCUUUUUCAACUCUCAUUCUGUUAAUUCUGUUCCAAAUAAAUCAAAGUUCAUUUUAAUGUUAAAACCUGUUCAAACCUGUUUAAAACAGUAAAACCCUGUUAAAAUCCAUUUAAAAACUGUUAAAACCCAUUCAAAUCUGCUUAAAACUGUCAGAACAGAAUACAAUAGAAUAAAACUUUGUUGAUCCCCCAAAGGGUAAAUCACAGCAGCAACAGAUAUGACGGGACAAAUAAGAAGUAUCAUCAAAAUAAACAGCUAUGACAAUAAAUAAAUAGUUAUGACAGUAAAGCUUGUUUAAAUUCGUUAAAACCCAUUAAAACCUGUUAAAAAUGGUAAAACCCUGUUAAAAACUGUCAGUAACUGCCAGCCCCCUCCUGUUGCAAAAGGAAGGGUCCAAGGGGGGACACUGGCCUCGCAGUCCCACAUGUCGCUCCUGCUACUGUCCUCUCUAUAAAAGCAAUAAGAGCCCAAAAAUAUAUCUUUACAAAAGGUCCAAGUCCAGUUACAGAUUAUAUUCAUAAACAGGGUUUUUCCUGGCUCAAAUUGAGGCAGAGGUGGCACCAUCCUGACCAUGCGCCACGACGUGCAUGUAUUUGUAAAUUCAACCGAUUCACUUUCUUUUUCAGGCAACAUACUUUAAGUUAAGAGUUCAAAAAAGAGUGUGACCAUUAUUAUGUUAAAGCAUUCAUUUAUUAAAACUACAUACAUACACAAAUCAGCUGGCAACUUUAAAUUGAAAGUACACUUCAUCCACACAUCUCGCAACCAGACAGAACAUUUCAGCCUCCUCUUUUUCAUUCUGUAGAACCUCCUCAUGCACUCCUUGUAGUCCAAGGCCUCCUGGUCUGGUCCAUCAACGGCCACCGUACAACAGACAUCCAAGUGCCUCUCCUUCAGUCUGUUCCACAGAGGUGUCUUCACCUUAAACAAAACAGUUCAUCAUGCAUUAAGUAUUUUUGUUUUUAUUCUGAUACAGACAUGAAGAGUGAUAGUGUUUUCAAUCAUAUAUAUGUAUACGCUGCUGUGUCCUCCCUAAAAAAAAAACGACAACCAAUUAUUUCUUAAACUAUCUAAACUAUGUUAUUUAUUUUUUGUAACUUUAUUAGUUGAGUUUUUUUAGCUACUACCAUCUUUAAUAUAUUUCUCCUUCUCUUCUGCUGCUUUGUGAAUGGCUGUCACCUCAUGUCUUUUUAAUGUGUCCAGCCUGUAGUUGGUUGAUGGCUGUCUCACUAAGGAGGCAGCAAUUGCCUGCUGUGUUGGGGCACAGUGCUUUUGGCAUAAAUAGCAGUGCGUGCCUUCCUCAGUAUGCCUGAGCCAGGUAAAUUGAUUGAGCCAUUGCUUGUCAAAGCCACUGGCUCUGUGUUUUUGAGAAGAUCUAGACAGAGGAAUAAAAACCACGUACACGUUGGCUUUGCGUUGUUAUGCUCCUAAUUGGAAACUAAUUAAUUAAUUUCCCUCGCCUCGCCGACUCGUCCUGUCCUGCAUUCUGACCCUCGCGAUCACCAGUCCCUUGUGAAGUACUUUCAGACCUGACACAAAUUUCCACGUUGUCACCACCAUGAAUUAUAGCAUUCUAACUGCCUGUUCCUUUUUUUUCUCUGCUGUGUUUCACCUGGACUCUUGACUUUCCUCCUCGCGAGGUCGCUUUUUAAAGUACUGGCUGAUUUUGCCUGUCAUAUCUAAAACGCUAAAAACGGAGUAAACUUUUUUUUUUAAAUAAACACGACAUGCUUGGAUGCAAAAAAGAGAAGCAGUAUUUACCUGUUUGUACCAUCCGCCAGGGAAAAUCAGGACGCCGAAAGCACCAACUAGCGGGAAAAAAACUUGAAAAAACAUGAUUCGAUCCGUUUCUUCUUCGGUAGAUGCUUCAGGUCUUUCCGGUGCACUGCUGUUGAUAUAGCGCCUCUAUAGUGGCGCAACGCUGCAACUGCAGUUAAAAUACGUUGCUGCUGCAUCGGGACAUCAGUCGCUCAAUCAACACAGCUGGAGCUUUACGCUGUAAUGAGCGAAAUCAAUCGCUCUGGCUGGGGGCGGCACAAAAUUAGGUGGAGGCGGCCGCCACGCAAUUUUGAACGCAGGAAAAACCCUGAUAAAGGUCUAAACAUAAAGCCGUGUGCUCACGAUCACUGUGUUAGAAUAGUGUAGAUCCUUCUUCUUUAUCAUCUAAACAAAUUUACUGAACGAUUUGGCAGAAGUAAAGUCAGGUUAUGCAAAAAUAAACAUUUAAAGCUCCAGUGAGGAACUUUUGGUUUGUGUCAGUUUUGGCGCCCCCUGUGGACAAAGCUAUACUUGAUCAUUGAUUCAUGACAUCAAAUAUAUAAUUAUAUAAUCCUUCAUCUUGUUGAUUUGAGCUUUGUUUGCUCAUGAACAUCAUCACCAUGAAUUUCAGUCAAUUUCAUAAACAUCAAAAAAUUCCCCACAGGAGCUUUAAUGGGAGUUAAAGGUUCGUAUGUUUCUUUAAUGUCCAUGUUAAACAUUUAUAAAACAGACAUCAUGUCUUACUGUAAAUACCAGAACAAUUACAUUUGAAGGAGCAUAUAUACCAUCAGGUGAUUAUGGAGUGUGAGUUAGCUCGGAGACUCUGUGUCCAUGUGUGGUAGUAAAACACCAAAAACGCCAACACAAUGAAGUUCUGAUUUAUACGUUCAAUCUUCAGCGUCCCAUCAGAGCGAUGAUUCUGAAUGGCCUUUGUGUUCUCUAUCACACUUCAUAAACAAAGUAAAUAAUAGCACGGCCCAGCUGAAGGCGUAGUUACAGUCGCCGUCCCUCCUGCUCUCUGUAGUCCUCCUCAUCAAUCUGUUUCCUCAGUUUGCUCGCAGCAGCCGACCUGCUGUCUGAAACGCUGCUCGGCUGUUUGUUUAGGACUUUAUUGUCAUUGCUCUCUCGCUGCUGUCUCUGCCUUUGCUGUUGUGACUUCUUUGAAUAUGUAUUUCCCCUGAAAGUGUUUUGACGAUGACACAGAUUGCCAGAGCAUGGUAGAUUAACAUGCAGGACUUCUAAUUUCUCUGCUUGUCAUGGUGGCUCCCUGUCAGGGCACAGAUAUGCACAGCGGGAUUUGCUAAUUGGAGGUUGUUAGCUACAAGGGACAAGUGGUGGAAAAUGACAGUAAUCUGCUUAGCCUGGUGCCGGAGGUUGAAUCACUGAUUUGUUAUGAUUGGCGAGAUUUAGACCGUCCCCUCUUUCAUUUUUGUACUAACAGUUUCCGCGGUUGUCUUUGUGUGAAAUGAUAAUGCGAGCUACACAAGAGAGCUCUCAUAACGUCUGCAGAUGAAGGGAAGUGCUUGAGUGACUCUGAGAGAGUGGGAGGAGGGAGAGAGAGUUAUUGAAGUAAACAAGGUAGGAUGGCAAACACAUCAUCCUCAUCAUCACACAGGGGUAAAACAGAACCCGUUCAGCCACCAGAGAGUCAUUUACACUCCAGACUUAAAGAAGGACUGUGUACAUCUGAAGGGUUUAUGUUGUUUGUCUUAAAGCCUCCUCUAAAGGUAGCUGCUAAUCAGCAACAAUUAGCAGAACAGACUUGGUAAGUAUGGAAAAGAGUAUUCAUAAUUAUGCUGAAUUAAGCGUAUAAUCACUGGAAUACACUAGAGGUUUUAAUUUUGUUAACUGUAAAUAAGUAAGUUUCUUUUCAUGGAGGCUGAUGUAUAGCAUUAUAACAUUUGUACCACAACACAGAAUGGACAAACUGGUUACCAGUAAGGAUGGUUGGACUUUUAAUGUUGCAGUUGACAAAACACAACAAUCAGUAAUACCAACAAACAUAGUGCCUAAGUUAACUCACACAAAUAUUUGUCUUUGUAAAAUGUUGCAGAGGGACUUUCUGUUUCUGUUUCGAUGUUCUGAUUUAAUAAAAAAGGGAAAUAAUAGGUGGAUAUGAAAAACACAUUCAUUUAUGUCCAUUAUUCUGUGCACAUGCAACCAGUGACAUGUUUUAUGAAUCAAUAAAAAUACAGAGGCAAUAAUUAAUUUUAUCAUUAAAUGCAUCAUAGAGGAUAUAGUGUUGAAUAUUUGUCCUUAUGAUCCGAUCAGAUGAUGAAACUUUAAUAAGUUUGUCUCUAAUCUGUUCUCUAUAGCUUAAUUCUCAUAUUUCUACACAUUGGACCUUUAAGUCUCUUUAAAAGCUGUUUACGGUUUAAUAAUGGUGGUCAUUGUGUUGUUUUAUUUACCACUGUAUCUGCAUUGAUAACAUAUAUGUAACUGUAUUUGUACUUAAGGUUUAAAGCUCCUGUGAGGAACUUGUAGUUUGAAGCCCCAAGUGGACAAACUCUUAUUUUGUCCUCUACAUCCUUUUAGCAAUCAUUUGUGUCCUAAAAUAACAUCCAUCAGACUGUAGAAGUGGAACAUUUAAUAUAAUGUAAAUAUUUAAUGUAGAAAUUGUAAAAACAAAACUGUUUCUGCAGCUGCUCGGCUGACACCUACCCCCUCGAAGCACUUUCAGGCUUUAAAAACAAUAAUAUCCAAAUAAUUAAUCUCAGCCCUGAUGAUCUGAUUUGCUUUUAAAAAUGAUUUAAAAAAGCAUCAACUUCUCAUUGGAGCUUUUACCUGAUUUAGCAGGUAAGUAUUUAUAAAUGUGUAAUUUUAAAUGAAUACAAAAGCAGACUUAUCAGACCGAGAGUCUGCAGAUAAUGAAAGUCGAAGUUUAGUCACCUCUGGUCUUUAAAAUGCUGAAGACGUGCCGCCUCUGAAGUUAAUUAGAGGUAACGCUUAAGUGAGACAACUUUCCCAAGGACAUUAUUUUCAUUUUACUUUUUUUUUUUUUCAUGUGUGUGUGAGAGAAACAAAAUUUGACUCUAUUACCAGAGGAAUAUGAUUAGUAAAAUAUAUUUCACGGACUAAUUUCACUUUAUAUAUAAGGCUGGUAAUGGCGUCUGUCCUCUGUAGGGUUAAAGUCGGGUUAAUGAGGACGGUUCAGCUCACAGAGAGGAGGAGAAAAAAAACCCAGCGGAGUCUCUUCCCACAGUGAAUUGAAUUAGUAAUGCCAGAGAAAUAAAGGUCCUGAAAGAGUGCCCUGAUCCCCCGUGUAACACUAGCAACUAGCAGAGGACUUCCUCCCACUGAGGGAAGCCGAGGACCUGAUUAAAAACAACCAAAGAUGUGAGCUAGAGCCAGAGUCGCAUAUGUCAGAGUUAGAAGUCCAUCAUCCUGCACAGAGAGAAACACCUCUGUUACUUAAAGAUCAUAUUCUGUGGCAGCGUACAGCCGAGGACACUGAUGCAUUAUGAAACCUCGGCUGCUGUGGCAAUGCUAGUUCAAGGUCAAAACGUAGUGUUGCUAGUCACAUCAGUAGUCUCGCUGUGUUUUUGUUUUAAGCCAAAGAAAGAGAAGAGUGAGUGUUUUAGGUUUUUAUAAAAGAGGGAACCAUUACAGGUCUGUGUUUGCCAUAAUGAGUCCAUGUUAGUGCCUCUUUAGAAAGAAAGCACACUGCUUUCCUUCCAAUUUUAAAAACUCUACAAGAUUUUUCAACCUCCGUAAAUGUAGAAAGAUGGAUUCAUUUCAUUUUAGCUGUAUAAUUUUAUGAGUUUUAGGCGUCUAAUGACUGUGCUCCAGCAGAGAGAGACCAACUGUUUCCUCUGUUUGUGCAUUUUACUCUUUUACUUGAUGCAAUUGUUCUGUAUGUUUGUGUUCUUUCAAAUGUACAUUCAGAUACACUUUUGCACAUUUGGCAGACAGUCUUUUUGAUAUGCCUGUCUGGCAUAAGAAAACACUGUUAGAUUGAGUGAGGAUAGACAUUUGGCAGCAAUUUCAUCAUCCCAGUGUGCAGCUUCAGCUUUUACAGAUUUCCUUUUGAGUGCUGCACACACACACACGAGCUUGUUCGCUCUGCAGAGCGUAGUGCUCCACUCAGAAUCUGAAACCUGUUUUACAAUCAUGGCCUCAGAUGAAGGUUUGUUUGCCGUUAAUAAUGAAGCCUCAGAAUUUUCUCGGUGAUCUUGUGGCACCGCGGUCCUCUGCGCGGGUAAGACCCGGGGCCAGGGGGGUUUGAGCCCACCAGGUCACUCCGGCAGUGCUGUGAAGGGAGUGCUUGUUUCCUGGGAAAGGGAGCUGCAGCCAAGUCCAGAUGCCGAGGCGCUCCCCAGGGACAGCGUCAUGAGUCCAGACUGGAGGAAGUGCAGUGUGAGAGUCGGCAAGGCUGGGCCUGGAUCACUGUCAGCUGCCUGCUCUGCCGCAGGAUGGGAGACUAAAUCACUCGGCUCCCUCUCUGAGGCCUUAGCCACAUGUGGUAUUCAUUAACAACAAGCUUGUGAAGAAUGAGAGGAGGGAAAAAACAUGGAAAACAGCUUUAUGACACAUCAGGAUGACAGAGAGGAUUACUCAGUUGUGCUUUCUGAAACACUCCUGAUUGGAUUUUCUUAUAACAAAGAUCGAGUAAGUGCUCUCUGGUGUGCCUCUGCAGGAAAAAGGCUGCGAUGAUCACGUUUUUCUUCCAGUCUUGAUAACUGCGCUCAGUGAAUCAAAGCCAGUGACUCGGCCGUCUAGAGUAACAGGAGAAACCGCCGUUUUGAUGUUUUAGUCCCUGUGUAACCUCAUCGCCGUGCUGCUCGGUUUGCCGUGUGGGUUGAACUCAGGCGAGGACGGCGAAUACUCGCUCGUGAAAUGGCUUGUGACUCCUGAUGAGUUUCAACUUCCCUCAUUCUGCGAUGCUGCUCUUCAAAUCUCAGCCCCAUUCAUUAACAUUCACUCACACACACACACACACACACACAUGCAUACUUGCCUCUUUUUUCUCUCUCUGGGACCACAGUCACCACCCUGUUGAGAUUCAUCUUCUGCAGAGAAUCUGUCCUCUAAGUAAUAGCUUCUGCUAAAUGCACUGUUGGGUCUCUAAUCCUUUUCACCCUGGGAAACAUUUUGAGUCAACAGAAUGACUGACAUUGUUUACACAGCAUGUGUUGACUUUGAUUUGGUGAACAUUAACCUCUGAUGAUAAAUGUAUGCACUUGGAGAGCCUGUGCUCAGUGAGAGUCCUUAUGUCCACAAGAAAGACAGGUUUGACUUGGAGCGCCUGGAUGCUCUAAAAAUGGAAAAAAAGAUGCAUCACAAGGACGUGUAACUUCUCAAACACCCAGAGUGGUUAUGGCGUGUCUUCAAGAGCAAACAUUCAGAACAAGACGUCAAACAAAAGCUCGUUUGGAUAUCUCUGUUUCAUUGGAGUGCUGCUGACUACAUUUUAAUCAGUGUGAUAGUGUCACCAGCCAAAAGGGUUUCUAAUAGAUGGAGGGCCUACUUGCCAAACACAGCACAGUGAUCAGGAUAGGAGUGCUUAUUAAAUAGAGGUAGUCAUGGUGCUGGCACUUAACUCCCCAUUGGCACACAUUUCCUGCUGUCUCAGGGAUUCUUUCCACUCUCUUUAGACACAAUUAUCAGGAGAGAAGCGAGGGCUCGCACUCCCCCUCUGAAAAAAAAAGGAAAAAGCUCUCUUUUUUAUCUGCAGAGGGAGUAGCCUUGACCACAUUCUGGAGGGUGAAAAGCAUCUUUGAACGGAUUUUUGAAUCCUUGUACAGGUUUGCCCUCUAGUGGUCAAAUUAUAGUAUUGCAGCAUUUUGGUUUUGUGGAAAUAAUAAUAAUACAUUUUACUCGUAGUGCCCUUUACAUCUUAAAAGCAAAGAAAUUUCACAGCAAAGGAAUAUAACAAAAAACAAGAGAAGCAUCUCAUUAAAAGAGCAAAAGCAAAAUAAGCAAUUUUUUUUUAAGAAUCUAUGAGGUGGGACCAAAAGUUCUGCUAAAAAGGAACGUUUUGAGUCCUGUUGGUGGGUUGUGGUGCCCUCAGGGUGUCGGGGAGGGUGCCCCAAAGGUGUGGGGCAGCAGCACAGAAGGCCCUAUCUCCCUUGGUCCAUAAUUUGGUUCUGGGGGCGAAGAGGAGAUGUGAGUGAGUGGAGUGGAGGGAGUGUGUUGUUUUUUGUGGGUGACAGGGUCUUUUCUUUGAGGGACGCCAGUGGAGUGAUUUUAGGAUGGGGGUGAUAUGAUCAUGUUUGCGCACUCUCAUCAUAUAUUGGAGUCUCUGCAGACUCUUGCUUGGGAUCCUGAUGAGAGGUGCGUGCGUUUUCAGGAUCUGAGAGGGAGAGGAGGAUGAGAAGGGGGCGGGUAUUUUUGUGGAGUUAAUGCACCCAUAAUUUUAAUCUCAAUCCAUCAUGUCUCUUCUUUUAAGGGUGUUCCUCCCGGUCCAAGGCUGCCGACCAACGGGAACAUGGGAGUCAUGUCGGCUCAGUCACAACCGCGGCCUCCAGCUCCAAACAACCAGCAGAAAGGCCCUGUGAAAACUCCAGCCAUGCAGAGGCAGCUCAACCAACCACAGCUCCCCAUCAACAACACUGUGAGCUACUACCUCUCAUUUUCACUUCGAACAAGCAAUUGAGACAAUGAACAGAUAAUUCAAUUAAUCUGUCAUCACUUCUUCUUCUAUUUCAGGACAAAGAUAGUGCACAUGAUCAGUUCAGCCGUCACCUCACGAGACCUCCACCUGACUACAAACAGUCAAGAAGUAUGGUGGGGGUUCAGCAAGGAAGCAUGCUGACAGGUACGCUUCUCAUGAGUCAGGAGUACUUUCAGUGUUUUAAGAAGACGUAGUACGCCGGAAUAUCCCUCUAAGUUUUAUCUAUUUCUUUCUUUAUUUGGCUCUUCUUCAGGUCAAAACUCCUCCCAGUGUUCCAGCGGCGGUCCUGAGAAUGAGCUCCAGUCCAUGUCUUGUCACCUCCAGAGUGGGUCUGCUUCAAAGUUGAAUCCUCCACCGUCAGACCGCAGGUUCGGGAUCGGGGCAGACUGUCACACCAGCUCUUGUAUCGGUCAGUUCCAGCAGCAUAACAACCAGAAUCAAAUUGGACUCAAUCAGAAUAAAACCCGGUUUCUGGGGCCGCAUGCACGAGGGAACUCUUUUGGGAUGAACAAUGUAGCAGGUGUUCAACACCCAAGAAUGGCAGCUGACCUGCACCCUUCAGGGGCCCCAGGACAGGGUCUGAGCUUGAUAAAAAAUGUCAACAUGGGCUGGAGCUCCGCCAAAAACCAAGGGAUAGCUGGACUCAGUGUUAGGCGGCUCCCCAACCCACACCAGUCUCAGGGUGCACAGCUGGACAUCCAGAACCAUCCGUACCAACAGAGGCACAUCGGACCUCCCAACCAGGUAGCUCCAGAUAUCGGGAUGCUCCCUCUUAAUCCUUCGAUGAGAGAUGCAGGCCCAAGACCAACUCAGCCGCUGAUGGGAUCUCCGUCAGCAGUGGGGAACCUGAACCAGGCCUCUCCUGAGCAGAGGGUACCAGCAGGGACCUUUGCAGAGCCCGGUAACGGCUCCAGCGGCUUCCAGAGUAACCGAGCUAACCGUCUGACCUUUGACUUUCUCCCUGAAGGAGACAACACCGUUCCAGGGAUCAACACGGACUCGGACUUUAUCGACUCUUUGCUUAAGUCCGGCUCUGGGAACGACGAUUGGAUGAAAGAUAUAAACCUGGAUGAGAUCCUGGGGAGUCACUCGUGAGUUUUGGUCAGGGAUUACUGAAAAUGUCCAGCAACUCAAAUCAUAGAGAUUAUGGAUGUGAAGACGUAGGGGUCACGUUUUUCAAAUAUUGUAAAAUAAAAAAAAAAGAAGUAAUUUUAUAAACUCAUACAAUUUGUUAUCCUAGUAAACAGUACUGUUUUGUAUUGUAUUUACUGUGAAAGAACCUGUUUUGUCUCCAGUAUAUUUUAUUUCCUGUAUUUUGGCCAAGAAACUGCUCUUCUUUGCAGUCACUGUUCUCGUGGUUUGUUUGUCAUACUCAUGUGUAGUGCUGUCAUAUAGGAUAAAAUACCCAGUUCACACUGUGAAAAGAAAUCAUUGCUGUGCUCUUUAAAGUCCACCUCGGCAUCCCAAGUUCAAUUUCUGCAUUCUCUAAUUAGCAUGAACUACGCGUAUUUACCCUUAAGAGUUUUGCUAGCAUUAACACAGAGAGCCUGCCACAAUGUUUUCUUACUCAUUGUUACAGCUUUUACAUCUGUGGUAGUUUUUUGAUGCAAUUUAGAUAAUGUAACCUUUAGUUUUUUCAUGUGAUAUUUAAUAAUUAUUGGGAUAGUAAUGAGACAUUAUAAUACAUGUAAUUAAUGAAAUUGAUUUGAAAAAUAAAUAUAUCACAAGUUUUGUUUGUUUGUUCUUUCUUUAUGUUUCCUUUAUAACGUUAAAAAUGAUUAUUUGGUGAUAGUUUGUUGAGGUUGAAGUGAGAGAAAUGUUUGACAACUCUCUGAA